UUCUCCAUGGCCUCCUCAGCCUGGCUAGGCUUGCCCUGGGGUCCCCGAGGGGAACAGAGGGCCCUGACCAGGGCUCUAAGGGACCUGGGGCACCUGGCGUCUACCCUGUGCCAAGUGCCCCACUUGGAUUCCAGCCCCCCCUCCUUGCCUGACCUGCUCCCUCAGAUGGCCAGGCUGCUGCAGCAGGUAGCAGAAGCCAGGAGGCAGGCUGGAGGAGGCCCUCAGGAGCCUGGGGGAGCCUCGGACUUCCUAGCUGGCUUCCUGACUAACCUGGGCCAGAAGGUGGAGCAGGUAGCCGCUCUCUUCCCUGCAGGGAACAAGACCUCCUGGGAGGGUCCUGGUCACAGGAGGCAGCUGACCAAGCUGGCCUUGAUCUUCAGUCACAUGUACACGGAGCUGAGAACACUCUUCCCUGACGGGCGCUACUGCGGACACACAUACCAGCUAAGCAAGCCCCAGGCUCAGGAAUUUUGGAGAGAGAAUUGUGGGAAGAGGUGUGUGGUUCUGUGGGAAGAAUUUGAGAAACUCCUGAGCUCCUGCCACCCUGUGAAACCUGGUGUUAUGUCCCAGGCCCUGAAAUCCACCAUCGACUUAACGGGCAGCGGCCAUGUGUCCAUCUUUGAGUUUGACGUCUUCACCCGCCUUUUCCAGCCUUGGUCUUCUCUACUCAAGAACUGGACCCUGUUGGCUGUUACUCACCCCGGCUACAUGGCUUUCAUCACCUAUGCAGAGGUGAAGGCUCGCUUGCAGACCUACCUGGACAAGCCUGGCAGCUACAUCUUCCGCCUGAGCUGUACCCGCCUAGGUCAAUGGGCCAUUGGCUAUGUCAGUGAAGAUGGCCAGGUACUGCAGACGAUUCCUCUGAACAAAUCACUUUUCCAGGCCCUGAGAGAAGGCCAGAAGAAAGGCUUUUACCUCUAUCCAGAUGGGAGGAAUGUGAAUCCAGACCUGUCUGAGCUGGCGGAAGUUAAGGAUUACAGACACAUUGAGGUCUCACAGGAACAGUUUCAGCUGUACUGCACCAUAAACUCCACCUUUGAGCUGUGUAAAAUCUGUGCCGAGCGAGACAAAGACACCAGGCUGAAGCCCUGCGGCCACCUCCUGUGCUACCCCUGCCUGGACGGCUGGCAGAAAUCCCCAGGCCGCACCUGCCCAUUCUGCAGAUGUGUGAUUCAGGGAUGGGAGUUUGUGACCAUCCAGCCUUUCCCUGGGGACACACAAGACCAGGAAGACAAGGAGACCUCAGUUAAGGUUUGCCCCAGGAAUUUCCCGCUUGUGGCUCCCCCCUUGCCCCCAAGGCCUGACCUGUUCCAUAGGAGAGAUGGAGACAGUGAACCGGUCCCAGCCAGAGCCCAGGACCCAGAAAACGAAGAGCCCAGGGAACCUCAUCCAGAAAAUGACAGGCAUGGACCAGAAUGAUCUCUGAGGUCCCUACCCCCUCUAAGAAUCGAUGAGUCUGUAAGCCCAGGAACCAGGCAGAAACCCGAGACCAGGCAGGAUUCGGAGCUCAGAACCCAACAUCACAGAGGAAAAAAAUCUCUCAGUCCAGUCAGCGCACAAUGACUAAAGAAAUUCCAAAGCCCCAAACUUAGCCAGAGUCUGGACCUAAGUCAGAGGCCAGAACCCAAUAACAACUCAGAGCCCAGGAUGAGCACAGAGCCCAGCCAGAAACUAGAACCUAGAUAAAAUCCAUAGCCCCAGCAACACACAGGGACUAGAGAUCAGGCCCAGAGACCAGGCAGAACUGAAAGCCUGCAAGACCCAGAACAUGGAGCCUAGGCAGAAUUGAGAUAGAACUCAAAGCCCAGGCAGAGAGAGUUCAGAGCACAAAGCCCAGAGUCCAGAGCCCAAACCCAGAUGACCUAGAACAGGGUCCAGAGCCCAAACAGACCAGAACUCAGAACUUGGACUCCAGAGAGCUAACUCGCUAAAAGUCCUUGAUACAAGAGUGUUAGAGGCUGUGGUGAGAGAUUAAACACACAAGAAAGAA